CAAUCCCACGACACGACGACCAGUCUUCCGUUCCAACCUUUUGUCACCGAAUGUCUGAUCAAGCAUCCACCUCUGCUGCCGCUGCCGCUGCUCCGGCUGCUGCUCCGGCUGCCGCCCCCGUCGAAGGCGCGACCCUCGACGAUGCUGUCCAAGCCGACUACGAUGAAGAACUUGCCGGCGCCGAAGAGGAUCCCGAUCUUGAGGCCGUCAAGCAGAAGGUCGCCGAGAUGGAAGAGGAGGCCAAGAAGCUCCGCGAGAUGCAGGCGGAUGUUGAGCGCCAGCUGGGCGUCGCUGGACUGAGUGCUGCGAGCAAGGAGGACAUUGACGCACGAUCCGUCUUUGUGGGCAACGUCGACUACUCGUCCACUCCCGAGGAAGUCCAGGCGCACUUUGCGUCGUGCGGAACCGUCAACCGCGUCACCAUCCUCGUCGACAAGUACACUGGUCAUCCCAAGGGAUUUGCCUACCUCGAGUUUGCCGACAAGGACGCCGUCAACAACGCCAUGAGCCUCAACGACACUGUCUUCCGCGGUCGUCAGCUCAAGGUGACCCCCAAGCGCACCAACGUGCCUUUCAUGAACGCCAUGGGCCGCGCUCGUGGUCGCCGUGCUCGUGGUGGUCCCUUCCCGCCGCCGCAACGCGCUUACAACCCGUAUGGACCAUAUGCUGGCUUCCGUGGUCGCGGAGCUCCCCGACACCGCCGCGCAUCGUACACUCCUUAUUGAAGGGACUGUAAUGCGACAACCAGUGCGGAAAUGGACGCUUGGUUUUUUGGAACAAGAUCCCGCGCGCGACUCGAGCUUCUUUUCUUUCCUCAUUUCAUGAAUCCGCCAUCAUUGGCUCCGUGGUUUGGGGAUGGGGAUGCUGACGUACUCUGGGUAACAAGAUAAAAAAACAAAAAAACAAGCCGUGAAAAUAUUGGUGCAAAAACAAAACAAAAAAAUAUGUGACAAAGAAACUGAAAAUCAAAAUCAAAAGCACGAAAGGAAAAAAAGCAAAAGAAUCACGCACCAAAAGAAAAAGGCAAAAAUCAUGCACCAGGAUCCAACAAGAGGUAAAAAACAAAAAAAGCCAAAAAGCAUCUGGAACACACAAGAGGUCAAAACAAACAACCCAGUACCAGGACCAACCAAGCAUUAACGCAAACGUUGGUAGAGCGCAUAUAUACUGAUAUAUCAUAGCGUCAGGGUUUCGGGCUUCGACGAGGACUAUGCGACAGCGACGACUUUCAUCAUAUUUCCUUCGUGUAGGGCUGUUUGUUUGCUCUUCUCCGUGAAUAGUUUUGCGCAGGCUUUAGCAGCAGCGACGCAAGUGAAUCAGGCUAGGUUAAGGUAACCUUAUUUUGCUAGACAUCCCCGCUCCUCGAGAUUGAUGUCCAGGACCACAUCAUCCGAAAACAGCAGCUCAAAUCGUAAGACUGCAAGGUGGGCUGAUCCUGCAGCCGAGCCCUGUGGAGAUGCUGGCGUGUCCAUCAUUCUGAACUAUAUUCUUUGUGCUAUCAUCUAAGACUUUUCAUACAUCUGCUUUCCUGG